GAAAUCAUCAACGAUGGCUUCCACCACCAUUCUCUUACUUCCCCUUCUCUUUCUAUUGUGCUCAACCUUGAACUUGACACCUACAAAAUCACACAAGUCUUAUUCUUAUAUCAACUCCAUUAACAACAACGAUGGCUUCUCAAUUUCCCUCAUCCAUAAAGACUCACCUCUGUCUCCAUUAUACAAUCAUUCCUCAAGCUCCCUCAAAGGACGUGGCCCCAUGGCAUGCCUUAACAUGCCAACAAGAUUAGUAGGAUCAUCACGACUAUCACAACACUUAAUGAAUGGCGAUCCUCCCUCAUCAGAUGUGUCGGCACAAGUAGUGUACGACCGAUGCCAAUACAUAGCCUCCUUUUACAUUGGCACCCCGCCACAACAAGUGUACGCUUUUAUCGAUACAGCGAGUGAUAUAACUUGGACAAAUGCAAGAACUGCAUUCCACUCCUCCAUGUCCAGAACUUACAGAUCGCUACGGUGUAACGACAAUACUUGCAAGCUUCUUGAAAAGAGAACUUGCAACAACAAAAAUGAUGAUGAGGCAUGUACGUACAAACUAGAAUAUGAGGAAGGUCCAUCAACUUAUGGUGUACUCUCAAAAGACAAGUUCUGGUUCGAUGCCGAUGGACCCUCUGGUCAGCAUAAUUCGCCGAGGGAUGUUGGAGUCUUAAGCUUCGGCCUCAACCACGAUGUAAGCCCCGUUGACUUCAAUGGGUUGGACAUCCAUGGUUCUUUGGGCUUGAGCCGUGACCCUCCCUUUUCUUUGAUCCAUCAACUCGGAAUUAAAAGGUUCUCACAUUGCUUUGUGAGAAGAUCUAGUGGAGGUAGCAGCAGCUUGCAUUUCGGUUCAAAAGCAGUGAUACAUCCUGAAGAUGCAACACCACUGGUGCAACUUCCAAGUAACGAAGUACAGCUUUAUUAUGUUGAUCUAGAGGGAAUCAGCGUUGGCAACACCAGAGUUAACAUUCCUCCGGCGAUCUUCAAGCGAACAAGCGAUCGCCGCGGAGGAUUCCUCAUUGAUUCCGCAUCAAGGUACACAAUGCUUAGAAGCGACGCUUAUGAUGCGUUUCUAAACUUGGUUAAACAAAUGGUGACUAACGUGCAUGUAGUACCGUAUCCACCAGAAGAGCAAGACAAAACAAUUUACAAGAAAGAGUUCUGCUUUACAUCCACCAAUAGCACUGAAAGAGAGUUGUUGCCAAGGGUGACGUUGCACUUCGCUGGUGGUGUUGAUCUUCAGCUGAUUAAUGACGUUGUUUAUAUUGAAUAUGUUGAGCCUCUUUGGUGCCUUGGCAUUCUUAGAUCUGAUUCCAAAGAUGACGUGUCGUUCCUUGGGAAUAUUCAAAUGAUGAACUUGAAUAUUGGGUUUGAUCUUGAGAACAAUAAGGUUUCUUUCACAAAUACAGUUUGUGCAGCUUCGGGGUAUAAUGAC